AUGGAGAAUGACCAGUGGCAACUGGUCACGGAAGAGGAUUCGUGGGAAGUGUUGAUGAUGUGGGCGGAGGCGCGCAAACACGAGAAGAAGUUGAAGGGAUUGAUGAUUGACUACAGACGGAGGGCUGAGCGGAGGCGCGACUUCUACGACCGGAUCCGAUCUGAUCCGUCGGCCUUCCUUCAGGUGCACGGAAUGCAACUCAAGAUACACAUCGACCCCAACCUCUGCUCACUCGCCGAGUCAUCACUGAUGCCAUGGAUGGGAGACAACAACAACUUAAUCGAUAGGUUUGACGUGAGGGCACACCUCAACCAAUUAGAUCUCGAGGCGCACACAUCCCAAACCACUGCCAACACGUCCGACGCCAACAACUCUGCCGAUGAGGCCAUCGACAGGCAAAUGAAUUACGAAAGAUAUCGCAAUUUAGUGCAAAACGAGUUCUUAGGAGUGAAUGAAUCGAAAUUUCUGCAACAGAUCUACUUAGAGGAGAGGUUUGGUGUCAACAAUCAGAGCCAAAAAGAUAUUCAAAACAAGUCGUUGGAAACCAAGAAGAAGUUGUCUCAGAAGAGGGCCGCCAUUUCAUACAACUAUGACAAUGAAGACCCGACCGCAACGGUUCACAAGAAUAGCGAUUCCGAUGAGGAAUCGGACGAAGAGAGUUCUGAAGAGGACUACGACUUCGACACCACUGUUAAUAUCGAUCAGUUGGACAACGAGUCCGGGCAUCGGAUCAAUACAAUUGCCCUCAAGUAUGGUAUGAAAUGCGAUGAUUUCGUCAAAUACUUAGACGACGAUAGAGUGGAAGCCGAGAAGAUUCGGGUCCAGAAGGAAGUGGAGAACGAGAAGUCGAUGUUCACGGGACGGAAGUCCAGACGCGAGCGCCGGGCGCUUAAGGAACAGCGGCUCAUGAUUUUGAGGAGUUCUCAGAUCGAUAUGUCCGACAGAUCGAUGACCAUUGAAAGACACAAAUCCGAUGACAAAGACGUUCAAAGCUCGUCCGACUCCGAAGUUUCUGUCGAUGAAAAUAAGAUUGAAUUCAUUACUGAAUUCAGUUUCGGCGCCGAAUCUUCUGAAGAAGAGACUCACAAAGAAGUGGUCGAAAAGAAGACAAAACAAGUGAUGGCGAGAGGGAAACAAAGGCUCAAAUCGAAAGCCAAUGAAAGAGCGGAAACCAUUCCAACGCUUCCUGUUUAUGGGCCAACACUUCCCGGAGAGGACUCCGUCUCAUCGCUCAACACGACUUCAUUCAAUAAAACCAUUCAUUCAAAGCAAAGAACUUAUCGAGUGAUCACAGACGCCAUCGAAGCCCAAGACGUCGCUCCAAAUCCCGUGAAAGACAACGAUCGAGAUCUAGAGAUCGACGGCGGCAUCAAAGGCGAAGUACGAGUCGAGACACCAGAAGAGAUAGAAAUCAUUCUCAGAAAACAGAAAAAUGAAUCCAAUAUUGCGAGCGAAUCCAUCAAAGAAGAAGAAAAGGACAUUCAAACCAAAGCGCCGUCGCCUCCACUCAAGAGUUAUUACAGACAUGAUCUAUUGAGUGACGAAAGUGGCGAAGAAAUUGAUCACAAAGAGGACUCAAAAGAGAGUCCAAAAGAGAGUUUGGAGACCAGAGUUGAAGGAAGUAAACAGAGUCCGAGUAAUCGUUUUAGUCAUUCGGGACAUAAAUCUUCUUCGACGGUUACACCACAAGAACGGCUUAAAAGGAAAAUGCAGGCAUUGCUUGACAAACAAUGUAUUGACAAAAGUGACAAAAAAGCAGAACUUGAAAAAUCGAGAAUUAAAAUGCAGGAGCGAGUGGACAGGGAUGACAAACUCAAACAAAUCAGAUACCGGCGACACCGAAACCGAGAUCACAGGGAUUCUCGCUCUAACUCGCGGUCAAAGUCCAGAACCAGCUCUUCGUCAUCGUAUUAAUGAGUGUUUCAAAGCAUUUGUUUUGAAUUCAUUUGUAAAACAUUGAUACAAAUUCCCUAAAGAUUUUUAAAUAUUAUGAAAAAUAUUUUAUUUUGUGCAAAACAAUA